AUUUAGAGUGGCUUUUGUCUGAAACUGAAAGAAAGGCGCUUUGCAUCUUUGUCCUUCUCCCUCGCAAUCAAACCUCCUUUUAACUAACAUCCAAACUAACAUUCAUUUUCUUGGGAGCUGCAUCAACCCCAACUACCUAUUCAAACCCACACAUUUUUCUUGCUCAUAUCGAUCACGCUCCCAAUCUCCCUCUUCUUCUCACAUGGAUUUCUCCAGCUUCACCGAUCGAUCUUCUUCCCUCUACCCAUACCAUCUUCUGUUCAAUGCCCUUUCUCUCAUACCCUUUUCUCAUUAUUUCUUUGCAUUUGCUGUUUUCUCCUUUGUGUUUCUCUACAAUUUUUUUGAGUUCCAUUUCUUUAGUGAUUUGUUUCUUCGAUUUCGAGGCAGCCCAAUUGGCCUUACCUAUCAUCCCUCUUCUCCAAUCUAUAAUGACGUCGUUUCUCACUGUAGAAUUCUUCAUGGCAGGUAUUUGGCUACCCCAUGGCUUUCGAGUCCUCAUUUCCAGACUUGUUUUUUGAAUUUCUUUGGUAGGCCACCGGCUUUCAGCUAUAGAAGACAGAUUUAUCAUGCUUCUGAUGGUGGAACCAUUGCUUUGGAUUGGUUGAUGCAUUCUGAUGUUUCGGGAGGCCGUUGUCUCAUGAAUAAUGCCAUUUCUAAAGAUGAUACGACUCCUAUUGUGGUUGUGAUUCCUGGCUUAACAAGUGAUUCUGCUGCUGCUUAUGUAAAGCAUAUUGUCUUCAAUAUGGCAAAACGUGGGUGGAAUGUUGUUGUUAGCAAUCAUCGAGGGUUGGGUGGGGUCUCAAUUACUUCUGAUUGCUUUUACAAUGCUGGAUGGACAGAAGACAUACGGGUUGUCAUAAAUUAUCUCCAUCAUGAAUACCCCAAGGCUCCUUUGUUUGCAGUUGGAACUAGCAUUGGUGCCAACGUUCUGGUAAAAUAUCUUGGGGAGGAUGGAGAGAGGACUCAUGUUGCUGGAGCUGUAGCCCUCUGUAAUCCAUGGGAUCUCAUGAUUGGUGAUAGAUUUAUAUGCCGCAGGCUGGUGCAGAAGUUCUAUGACAGGGCUCUAGCAAUAGGCCUUCAAGGUUAUGCAAAAUUACAUGAGACUCGAUUUGCUCGACUUGCUAAUUGGGAAGGCAUAAAAAAGUCACGUUCUAUUCGAGAUUUCGACAACCAUGCGACCUGCCAUGUUGGGAAAUUUGAGACUGUAGAUACAUACUACAGGUACUGUAGCAGUUCCUAUUACGUGGGGAAUGUUUCCGUACCACUACUCUGUAUCAGUGCUCUGGAUGAUCCAGUUUGUACUAGGGAAGCCAUUCCUUGGGAUGAAUGCAGAGCAAAUAAACAUAUCGUGUUGGCCACACCAAAGCACGGAGGACAUCUAGCGUUCUUUGAAGGAUUAACCGCAUCUGGCUUGUGGUGGGUGAGGGCAGUUGAUGAAUUUCUGCUUGUUCUACAUUCUGGUCCUCACAUGCAUGUACAAAAGGAGGAGACUUCUAGCUUGCACUCAUCAGAGGGAACUUCAAUUGAUCAGGGCCCAUAUGUCAACAUUGCAGAAGAUGGUAUGGUGGCUGCAAUGAGUGGUGAGCAAACAAGAGGACAAGUGGAGGAGCACCCUUCAGAAGCAAGGUCUGAUUUUGUAUCGGAGAAAGCUCGAACCUCUGAACAGCACACAGACAUCCAGGAUGUAAAGUUUUCGAAUGUUACUGCUACUGUUAGAAGGUGCCUGAAUCAGGUUUCUCGACAGAAUCAAAGAUCGGUGUGGAUGCUCACUUUGAUUGCUAUAGUAACAAGUUGGCCAUUGUUAGGAUCUGCCUUCAUUUUCUACAGAAAGAAGCUAAGAAAAAUCUUGCCUGCAACUUUGAUUAGAAGAUAGUUCCAUAAUGAUAAAGAUUGUUAUAAUUUAUAUGCGUAUUGAGGGAUUACUUUCAGUUCCAAGUUAUGCUGAAAACCAAGCAAUCAUAUAUCUUUUUAUUUA